GACUAUACGUAUAACCUAAUUAUAAAUAAAUACAUGUGUACAGCUCCUGUAUCAGAAGAUCAGCAUCUUUAUGCCACUUUCAAGCAGGCAAUUAGUGUUAAUGGGUCCCUUACUCAAACAGUGAUGCAAGCAAUGCUUCAUGGAAAUGCGGGGUUUGGGAAAACAUCACUCAUAAAAUCACUAUUGGGAUUGAAAUGCAGCACUGGUGAAAAGAGUACGGGGGUUAUGGAAGAGCCUAAACGAAUCGAACUGUCAACUGUUUCUGUAGAAGGGUCUGAUUGUAGCAUAGAAUGGAUGCAUAUUGAAGACUUACAAGAAGAAACUGCACUCUUAGUGAAAAAUGUGAACAGUGAUCAAAUCAGUUCGUACCUGUUUCCAGAUAAACGCGAUAAAGAGAUUGAAGAGUAUGAAGAAGACAUGGAAUAUUAUUCACACCAAUAUUCUGGCAUGUCUGAAUUCAAGAAGUACACUGUGGAGAGGAAAAGGAGAGGUACUUCUCAGCAAUCUUUGGGUACAAGUCAAGCCCAGGAACGUAAAUUAAAUGAUUCAUUUCUCUCAGCCCUGAAAAAUGCUCGAACGAAAAUGUGCACCCUUAACGAUCCAUGGACACUGUACAUAUCUGAUAUUGGAGGACAGCUGGAAUUUCAGGAGUUGAUUCCAGCACUAACCAAUGGACCCUCUCUACAUUUUGUUGUUAUUGCAGCUCACAUUGGCCUCAACAAUAAAUGCCCUGUAGUGUACCAUAGUAGAAAUGGUAGUACCACACCAUACUGUUCCAGCCACACACUGAAAGAGAAUGUACUUCAGCAACUUUCAACCAUCAUGUCUACAGGGAAAAAUGGACAAGAACCAAAAAUCAUGUUUUUCUUAACUUUCAAGGACAAAACAAGUUUAGAGCAGAGAGAGAAAAUUGACGAAGAGCUUCUACAAGCAGUUAAACAAACAGAUGCAUACAAACUAGAAGCGAUUGAAUUUGCUGAAAAGGAGCUAUUAUGCCAUUCUAUUGACAACAGCAACCCCAGUAAUGAGGACUUGAACCGUAUUCGCAAAACAGUAGAGAGAAUAGGAAAACGUGAUGGAUUAGGGAGUCCCUAUAGAGUGUUAACCCCUUGUAGCUGGUUGCAAUUUGGAAUAGCCCUAAGACUAGUGAAUUCCCCUAUUUUGAGCUAUGAUGACUGUGUACAGAUAGCAUAUCAAUGUAGUAUCGAGACACCAGAUGAAGUUACUGCAGCUCUCCGAUUUUUACAUUUCAAAGUGGGACUAAUACGAUAUUUUGGCGAGGUUAAAGAAUUAGAAGACAUUGUAGUAGUUGAACCCAAAAUCUUGUUUAGCAAUGUUACAAGAUUGGUUGAAGAUACAUUUACACUGGAUAGUGUUUCUAGCACAAAACAAGAAAUGUUUUCGAAGAAAGGAAUUUUUUCUAAAGAUAUGGUAAAUAAGAUAAUAACUGACUCAAAGCUUUUAACAAGACGAAAAUUGUUAGCUUUUCUAAAACACUACCAUAUAUUAGCCGAAUUAGAAGGAAAUAAGUAUUUUCUCCCAUGCUCACUUGUACAUGUUGAGCCCCAAGCUAAAGAGCAGUACAGACAAUCUACUAUACCCCCCUUAUUGAUAUCCUAUAGCAGUGGAUAUGUCCCGAGAGGUGUCUUUGGAUUUACCGUGGCUGAAUUAAUCACCAACCAAUCUAACGAGCUAACGCUUGAAGAAAACAAAAUUUAUCGUGAUCAAGUGAUGUUUCAGUAUGGGCCAUAUGAGAGUGAAGUUCGCCUAAUGUCUUAUCCUGCAUACAUACAAAUUGACGUUUUUUCCAAUGAUCCUGAAAGGUUUUCUGUAGCAGAAACAUGUUGGACCAUUAGGAAUCAAAUCAUCUCUUCCUUAAACAUUGUAAUGAACAAGCUAAACUAUACCAAUAAGGUCCAGCAUUUUGUUUCGUUUGAAUGCCAAUUGUGUGAAAUAGUACACCCAGCCAAGCUUCAUUUUCAUAAAGAGAAAGAUGUCGUUACUUGUAGUGUUAACAAACAACCAUCUGCCCCACCAACAGGUUAUCAAGUGUGGAUGAAUCCAUCUGCAGAGCUGCGUCCCUCUAUAAAAAGGCCGUGUUUAUCAGCUGCGAUUGAGGAGGAAGAAAAGACGAAGAGAAUGAAACUUGAGAAGCUACCACUAUCUACUGACACUGACAUGGAUGGAUUGGAUUCCAUCUCCCAAGAAUGUCUACGUGAGCCUAUGAAUUUCAAGACACUUUUGGAUCUUCUGUGGGAUUUGAUACCCAAGUGGGAACAGUUGGGUGUGAGUCUGCUCAUCGAUAAGACUACACUGGAUUGCAUCAAGUUAAAGCAUCCGCAAGACCCUAGUGGCUGUUUUAUUGAAAUACUAACCAAAUGGCUUCAGCAAGACAUGUCUUCUCCUCCUCUAAGAACUCUUUACUUGGCAUUAAGAUCUCCAUCAAUGAUAGAAUGUUCUAGAAAAAUUACUGCAUUGACACUGACCUCAAGAUUUAUUAGAAAGUAAGCUUCAUAAAUAAUUAACUGUCCCCCAGAAAUCAUUAUACCAUUGAUGAAUACUCGACUGACUAAAGUUGUAACAAUUGUGACGGAAAGAGACAAAUGUGCACGAAACAAACGCAAUCAGGAUUCAUGGUUGCAUAACCGCACCAACGAUGCCCCUCAGUGACCAUCUCUUCUUAGCUUCUCAAUGUAUAUAUUAACAAGAAGGGCUCUAAUCCAGCUUUUAUAGGAUGUGGUGACUAUAUAAUUAUAGGGCCUAUAGUUAGAUCUAUAAUACUCAGCCGAUAUGAUUUUUGUACAUUAGAAAUACAUUACAGCUCUAUAUAGCCUGAAACAAAGUCAGUAUGAUCUGAUGUUAGUUAUUAUACAGUGCCACAAGCAGUUUUAGUCUCGCGCAGCCAGCCCCAGAUGUUUUCUAUUUGAACGCUAGGUCGAUAACCAAUUUUUAAUCGGGGUUGGUGCGAGACUAAAGCAGUUUAUUAAGCCGAGGCGCGCCACGGGUUAUAGUAUAGUCGGUCAGUCUGUCUUGCAUGCAUGUGUGUCUGUCUGUAUAUUCUGAGUCUACUCACCUGGAUGCGAUAUAGCACUGUGUUUAUGCCAUGGAUAACCUCAACACAACGUAGUAGUUUUAAAUUUGAAAUUAAUGUUAAAGCUUCAUUGUCGAAUAAAAGCGAGCAAAAGCUAAGUAUAAAGUAUAGAUACUAUAAAUUAAUUUAUAGUAUCUAUGAGCUAAGAAGCUCUAACCUGCACGUUGGCCCAUAGAUUAACACGCAGCUUUGACUCGAGGCUGUAGACUCACUAAACUUUUUUUUUCCUAAAUAAUUUUUCAUGUAAAGGUUAGACGGUAUAAAGCUAGACAAAAUAAAAGGAAAAAUAAUGGCAAAAAUAAUUACUAUGUUGCUGAGUUCAGUUGAUUUGCAGUUCUGACAUAGCCAGAUCCAUAGGGGGCGGUGUCUUCAUGGCUUGACCAACGCUUGAGCGGGCACCACGAAUGCACUGGAUUGCUGAUUUUAGUCCAUUUCAUUGCAAGUAGGGAGGCAAGUCUUUUGUAAAAAACGGUUGCUUCAACUGCAAGACCUCCGGUGGCAGAGAGAACGAGUGGGGUGAAUGAGGCAUUCUCAAUUUCUCUUAUCCUUUCUUUGCUCGUACGCACGUUUUUUUAUUAAUUCAUGUUUGCGGUAGCAGGCUGUAAGGUUGGAGUGAGAAUUGGAGGGGGCAAAAGGGUUGAAUACUCUGACAUCUAGAUAUGUUUUUGGAAGCGUCCUCCCCAGAACCCAUUUGCAGCGACGUCCAGUCUUGCACCUGGCUGAGAAUUAGAUGUAGCACCUCUGAGCGCUUCUCCAGUGAUAGGUUGCAGCUCUGGUUCAAUACUAACGUUGCUGCACACCUCAUGCGGUUAGGAGGUUAGCAGUCAAGUCCCUGAUUUCAUUAUGCCUUAGUGAGGGGAAGCCACCCUUAGGGCAGGAGAGGACGUGUUCUACACAGAACUUGGCUCCACAACCACACGAUAGCGGGGUGCGGGUGGGCUGCCAGUUGUACCUAAGAGCUAGAGCAUCAUGGAAUGCUCCCUUGUGUAGCGCAAAGCUGUAUUCUUCUAUGGGCAGCGAAGUGAGCCAAGAUGAGGCCCCUUUCUCUUGGGCAAGGGUCAUAGAGCGCUUUUGCGAGUGUGUUAGGGAUUCACUCAGGUGUUCCGAUAACUGUUUGGAAUGUUCUCUUCUCUGAGUGUGCACCUCCAAUUUUGCCUUCAGCUGGUGGUCUAUUAUCUCUGCUGAGUACUGUAGUGAGGGUCUUGCUAUAGAAUUGCCUCGGUCAGGGGCGCGGUUAUUUUGGUGGAGGAGAGAAACUAAGUGUCAGUGGAGACGGUGGGGUUGGCCAAUGCGAUGCCACCAAGUCUGGCAGGCAGAGCCAGGAGGUUACGCUCGAUGUCGUUUGGGGGUGGUCUGCCUGUGAGUGCAGGGAUCAAUUUGGUUCUUAUAACUGCUUCCAGAGGGCUUAGGCAAUGGCCUAGAUUCGGCAUUGUACGAGUGAGAUAUGACCAUUUGCUGCUCAUUCCGUGGGUAAACGCAGCAUGAGCAGCGUGUGGUUGGCUUUGGGCAAUGAUUGACAGGAGCUCGAGUUCGUCAGCCCAGCCCUGAACCUUGUCAGCCACAAAUGACUGCAUAUAGUCUUUAGUACCGAGGGCUGCUCCAAGGUAGGGUCUGUCUUCUGAGGUGACGUUCACUGCUGUGCCUGCGAAAGCUAUUGUUGCAGAAUCAAGACAAUUCACCUUCGAGAGAAGCCAGGUUUUGCUCGGGUUGGGGAAGUAGCUGAAUUUGGGGCCUAUGAUAUCCCACCAUAGACGUAGACUGUUGAUUGUCCGAGACCCUGAAGCAUCAUCUGCAUACCAGACUUGAUUGAUGUCGUUUACAUUUUCUUUUAAUUUGUUGAUCAAGGGAACCGUUGCCAGGGCGUACAUGGGCAUCGCCAAUGGGUCUCCUUGAGUGGUUUCUUCCUGACUGAUAAGAGUAUGUGUCCCCAUCAACGAACAACUCAGACGGAGCCCUGUAGGUGUUAAUGAGGACUGUUGCGAGGGAGGGGCAGAGUCUCACUAAACUUCAAUUUAACGCCGAGGGUUUGAACUUCAGUGCUCUAGUUGUCGUAGUAGAUUGUGGCCUAGCCUCCUUCACAAGGCCUCCAUCUUCAGUGCGGCCUAGGAUCGAAGAUAAUUGUGGCCAUGCAUGCAUGGUCAAAGGUAGUCUCAUGGAUCAGCCCCCUCCUUCUCAGGAGGGGGCUAGGUCAAAGGAAUUUAGGCCCGAGAUCACAUCUUCUACAAGGGCUAAUAAAUCUCUGAAUAAAUCUGUUUGUGGCACAAUUUUCCAUGUAAUAUAUAUAACUACUUCGUUGUCUUGCAAAACAACCAGGAGUGCAUGAAUACACGUUCACACCACUCCUGACUGAACCACAACAUGCCUUAGUGAGUGUGUCCCUAUAAAAGCAAUGAUUUGAAGUUUUGGGUGGGGGUCGGCUCAGGUCAUCAAAUGUCACUUUGCCCCAGUGUAAUACCGUGAAAAUUUUGAGGGGCUUCCAAGAAUAAUAAUUUGUUCUUUAAUUAGCUAUAAUGUUUAAAGGGGGGGUGGCUUCCAGUAAGCAGUACCCACGAGUCAACAAAAUGCUUUUAGAGGCCAUUCCGCUUAAGUGCCUCGAAAAUUUCGCCCUAUAUAUGGUAUGCCAUAACACUGGCACGCGGGUCUUAAUGUUAUACUUAUUGUCCACUACAUCGCAUAUCAGAAUUUAUGGCAGUAAACCUCCGAGGACGAGAGGGCGAAGCCCCAAGGUCAAGAACAGUUAGAUCUAUCGUUUAAAUGACCAAAUUUAAGUGGUAGUACCCAUUAAAUAGAGAUCUAUGUAUAAACGGUGUAAUGUCAACUCAAAACGUUAGAAAAUGGAGUGUGCAAUAUAUACAAGUGAUGAAAAACUAAGUUUGUGCAACCAGCGAAAAAAUUAAUAUAAACAUUUUAACACAACAAAUCAAAUGAGUAUCUCCUAGGUAGUAUCAAGACGAAUGGUUCUUAUUUUCUUGUUAUCGAUGAGCACACAGGCUGCUUCGUUGGUAGAACCACAAUAGUGAGAAGACGAAAAAACAGUGAGCAGACGACCACGCUGUUGUAUCUGAAAACCAGCUGCCUUGCACUCGUGGGCUCGUAUCACAUGAGAGAGUCUGUUCCUCUUCAGAAAAUCUUCUAGAGCAUCGGAACUACAUAGGAAAGACUAAUUUAUUCUCUCUAUCAAAUACAUGAACGUAUAAAUACAAGCAGCUUCUCAUAAAAUAAAUUAUAUUUAUUUAUAGCACCAUGCAGGUUUGUUUGAAUGGUUCUAUGAGUAGCAAAGGGUAGUUGGGCAAUGAGUGUCUCUAAGACCGGUCAAGAAGUUAUGGCACACAUCUACAUCAUGUAUUAUACUGUACGUAGAUGGUCAUACAGGCAUGCAGAUACACGCGACAAAUACAUUAGUAAAAUUCUGACAAUGCCAGUUUUACAGACAGAACUCCGAGUAUGCACCUGAACAUGUGAGCAGUCCCCCUGGCAAAAUUGUCAAUGAACCCCUUGUUUUCACCGAGAUGUACCUCUAUAGCAGGGUCAAUCUCAUCACUCCUGCAACCAACAGACUCUCAAUUCGACACCACACAAUGUUCGUAUUCCAUACAAAAGGCUACAUGUACAUGUAUGCAAGGCAUGCGUACCUGAUGGGGUCAUUCCACAUGAUGUCCCAGGCCAGGUCGCUCUGGCCCAUAGGGUUGGGCAGGUUAGCAGGCACAUCGUUGAUGGCAGAGAUGUACUCCCUCCCAGGGGAUGGGAACGGUAUGCCGCCAUGGACACAGAACACCUGGGGGCAGACAAACUAUCUAACUACAGUCUACAAACUUUAACAAUUUACAAGACAAAAUAAUGUACGCAUGCUAGCUUCCUAGUCCUCCCCAACAUAAUAUAUACCUUGCGGUCAACGACAGCUGCAAUAGGCAUGUAGUCAAAGGCCUUGUUGGUUGCCUCCCACACUUCAGCCCCCAGGUCAGCUCCAAACUUCUCCAGACACUCUUCCUUGUAAGAGAACGUCUCUUGAACCUCACGAAUUUCAUGGUUCCCUAUGUAAGAUGGAAGGAAACGUUAUCAAUUGAUCCUCCAAACAAGGUUUUAUUGAUCAUCUUGUUAGUAUAACGAGUAGAUAUGUAAAAAUUAAUGUAUCUGGCCACAAUUGGGGUGGCGUUGUGAGUGAGAUUGAUGAUGUGUGCAUUUCCAGUAGUAUUUCUAUAGUAUUGUACAGUGACAGUAACAUAACGCACAGCACAACACCUACACAUGUACCUCUAAUGAGUAGGAACUUGGAGGGCAUAAGAAGCUUUUGUGCCAGGAGGUAGGCCACCACCUCAAAUCCAUGAGGACCUCUGUCCACGUAGUCACCUAGAAACAGGAACGUGGCCGGAGUGAGAAUGGGACCCAUCCGCCAUAGUACUUUUUCGAAGCACACAAGAUCGUGAAAGUUCCCGUGAAUGUCACCAAGGACGUAACAAGGGGAAGCAACUUCAAGCAGUCGAGAUUCACUCUGAAAUAUGUCAGCUGCUCUGGUGCAAAUCUGUAUGAAACACUUGGCAACAGAUAACAUGUCAACAGCACCCCAGGAGAAAGCAGCUUUUGGUUGACCUCGCCCAUUGUCUUUGAGAGCAUGCUCAAAGUAGCGGAGACCAGACAGCAUCUCAUUGGAUUUGGAUUGCUUCAAGGAGAAAGUUAGAAAUUCGCAUCAACGUACGCUAUAUUAACAACGCUAUAUUAACAACGCUAUAUUAACAACGCUAUAUUAACAACGCUAUAUUAACAGUAUAAUAAUAAUUACUGUAUGUUAUACUUGUACUUAGUAAUUAACACAUGACAUUGUAUACAGGCAGACCAGCAGCCUCCUACAAUUUAGAAGCCCUUAUACAACUAAGCCAAAACUUAGCUACCACAUCACAAAUAAGUGUAUCGUAAAACUAAUGAAGCAUACAAAGACCUGCAACUCCCUCACCUUAUCGAAGGCAUUGAUAGAGGGCAGUCUGUCGAAUCCUGGUCUAUCCAAGGCAUCUAAACUCCCAGAGAUGGCCUCAGUGCCCAUCAGGUCCCACAAUGUGGACACAUCACUCAAAGCUCCACUACGACGGACCUUCACAAAGUGUGUUGCAAUGGUGAUAUCAUCACCAUCAUCAUCUGAAAGGUCGUCCAUAUUGUCAUCGCUGACAGACGAGGAAAGCUUCCCACUGUUGUCACCACUAUUGGACACAUCUUCACUCUCAGACUUGCUGUUCAGUUGCGGCAAAGAAGCUGUGUAGGCGGAAUGGGUUGCCUGACAGUUUUUCUAUACGGAACUACAAUGAUUGUAUUGUAUGCACGACAAACUGCUAUUUUUAGAGUAAGCUGUGCAACUGCACAACUAAAUAGCCCCACGCCCACUUCCACUCUUCAUUAUUGAUAGGUCGCUCAGAGUCAGAGGGCCUGGUAUCGACUGCUUGCACAUUAAAUAACCAUUGGUGAGAUUGUUAAUAUGCUUGUCUCAAAGACUAAGCCAUGCAUAUUCUAGAUCUACUACUGUAACAGUGAUCUAUAUAGUUCACUAUAGAGAGAAGCUAGAUCACUGGUUCUGUAGAGCUCGCACAAGCUUAUCCCUUUACCACUUCCAUCCUCUGUCUCACACCCUGCAAAUUGAACCUUCAACAGUGUGGCCGAACGGAAUGGAAGGUGAAAAAGUAAACCCGGAGGUCUUAAAGCCUUAUAAGAGAAAAGAACUGCGAUUUGAAAUGCAGUCAAAUACACACACCAUAUACUUUGUAUCAAUAUUCUCUGUUUCUCUAGCUGGAGCUCUGUGUAUGUGAUAUGGCAAUAUGAAAUUGUGUUCUUUGUUUACGUAAAAUGUUCAGUUUUAUGGUCCUUUGCGCACAGUCAGCAGUAGGCUUUUACAAGAGGCGCGUAGCGUUGUAGGCCAAAUGUGAAAGAUAUAACAAUUAUACUCUCUUGAUCAGGUAUAACUUACUUGUGUCCAUAUCUUCUGCUUCAUCCUUUAUAUCAGGUAAGUUAAAGGGUCUCUUCUUAGAGGUAAAAGACGGGCUCACUGGCUCUGCCAUGGUUCGAAGAGGAGAGAGAGCGCGCUGGAUAGGGGGAGAGGAGAGACGGAAGAGAACAGAGGUCCCUCGGAACUUUAAUUGGCCCACCACCCUCAGGAACUCAUCCAGAGAUAGAGUCUCACUCAAGGACACUCCGAAGUGACUGCAUAGUUGAGAGAACAGUUAGAGAUACAUGUACAUGUACAUGAAAUAAUGUCCACAAGAGACGCUUUCAAGACAAUCCUGAGAAUGUCCUCACAACUGAGGAUAUCCCAACAAUACUGUUGUAAGACAAGAUUUAUUCAACUGCAUGUUUGGUUCCACAAAUGUAUGUACAAACAGUGCAUGUACUAUUAUAACUACUAUACACUCGCCUCCAGUUGUCCUUUGCCAGCUUCUCCCAAUCUCCCUCCUUAAUGUUGUGUUUCUUCAAUCUCACUAUGUCCGCUAACAUUCUCCUGGAGGUAAGGUUAGCACUCAACCGCAAAAUAUAUGUAGAAAGACAUGCACUUUGACUUACUACAGCCCUAGGAAUGUGAUCUAGGGCUGUGUGAUGUACGUGCAGUGUACAAUAUCUCAAGCACAAUUAUUUGCAUAAAAACGUAAGAGUAUUCACGAGCAUAACUCAACUGGGGGAAUUUAUUCCUAAUGGACAAUGAUAUGUACAAGGAUAUGAUUGUACUUGUCACAACAGAUGCACCAUCUAAUAAUUAUACGCACAAACUCACUGGAAGUCCUGAUAAUUGAGUCUCUCGAGGCCAGAUGUGUUGUAAAACUUAAAGAUGUACUGGCAGCGAAACUGUGCACAGAGGUCACCAUGCACUGUGCGGGGGUCCAUCGCUGCUAACCCCACACGGAACUCAGACAGAGAUAGUCCAGACUCUACUGGAGGCACUUGCAUGGCUCUGCAAAGGGGAGGAAGAUUGUAAAAAGUGCAACGGUAUGUAAAACGGCAGUAAAGUCUUACCGUAAACUAGCACAUAUUCCUUGAAAUGUCGUUGAGUAUAAUAUUUGUACAGAAAUAUUUAAACAAUGAAAAGGCUACAGUAUGCACGUGCAUACACAAAACUACAUAUUAACCAAUCCAGCCUCAAUUAAAGGUAAGUAGAGUGCUACACUAGCUUGAAUGUACAAAUCUUACUUAAAGCAUUGAAGGCAGUGCUCAGAGUUGUAGCCCAAUUUCGACAUGAUAGCAGUAAACUGCUCCAGGUUCAGUUUCCCACCAGGAGAAUCACAAUGCUCUUGAAACAGCUUCUCUAUCUGCUCAGACUCUGAGGAAAUACAAUCAGAGUAAUCUCAGUGACCACCAAGUCAGUCACCUCACUUGUUGGUCACCAUCACAGUACUAAACAUGCUUACAUUACAUGUACAAAGAUUUGGAAACUAUUUAGUACCAUAUUCUACUGAGAUUACGCCCACAUCUGAAAUUACGGCUGACCCCUCCAAGCUUUUGAGCGAAAGUUCCUGGGCUAAUUUGCUUCAAGAAUACGCUCACUAGGAAGUGAGGCAAUCUUGAGUAGUUGUCAAUAGCAGUUUAUUGUGUCAGCCGGUUAGCUCUGAAGACUAGAUUUGGCCAAUAAUUAUUGCUCCUGUUUGCAUAGGACAAUGACAAUCUUCUCUGAAUCUCUAUUCACGUGACAAGGAGGAACCUUCUGACGCGCAGACUCACUGAACUUGUAUACUUUUUAUACCUAGCUACUUUACCCAUGCAUUACAACUGUUGUAUAUAUUGAUGUAUUAAGCGCUCGGACUGACAAAAAAUACUUAAGUUAAUGAGUGGGCGUAAUUUCGAGGCAAAAACCUGGGUGGGUGUAAUAUUAUUGAGCCAAAACUGCAGUUUUCGAAAUUAAGCCUAUCCCACCUGUAGCUGCAGUGUAACAUGCAAUUAGGGUGAGUGUAAUUUCGGUAGAAUACGGUAAUUACUUUGAGGCAAAUCCAAAGAAAAACAUGGGCGUUGGUGAUUGGGCUUAUUUUGAGAGCUAACUUUGAGUGCUCGCAACUGUAGUUGGGAUCGUCCAAUUGUGGCAAAAACUUCAUUCACAUACAUAAUUAUAUGACUGUACUAUAUACGUACAUACAGUAGGACAGAAAAAAGUUAUCCUGCCUCAAGUAAGGGUGUGUACAAGCACACCUCUACCACAAUAGCUUCUGUAUGCUGGCACACAAACAAGAACAUUCUCGAUGUACAGCUUGCGAACAAGAACUGACCAAAUAUUCCGUAUCCAGCUUGUGUGAGCAUCUGUUCCUCCAGUGAAGUACCUCUGUUGAACUGAGGCCUUAGGUUCUUGAGUGAACCCUCACUCCUCCCGUCUCCCUCUGUCCCUUCCAGAACACCAGUCGGACACAGGUUACCAAUGGCAACUGAAAAAUACCAAUAAGCUACAUGUAAGGAACAGUUACACACCACUAUAUUGUUUUACAUGCACUAGAUAGCCUCAGCAUAACUGCAAAACAUGGCCAAUGAUCAGACACAUGCAUGAGCAAUGUUAUUACUUAUGGUCAAUGUACAAACGUAUAGUAUUUAUGUAUCACUCAGUCAGCCAGGCAUAAGGCUUAGAACCACACUUAGCUACAGUAUUAUCAUGACAUGAAUUAUGUUCUUGACUCACUAACCUCCAGAUUCAACCUUCUUUAUAAGUUUCACAAUACUGAAGUUGGGUAGUUGCUUGGCUUGAUGUGGUGUGAACCAUUUUAUCUUGACCUUGGGGACCUCAGGAAAGCUGCCUCGACCAGGCCUCUGCUCAGCAUAGUAUGUCACUGUACAUUUCCUAAGGCCAUUGCAGUUGCGGUGCUGAAUGUUCACAAUGCCAAGGAUCUCGGCAUCAAUGCACACAACCUGUAAGUGAAAAGCGACAAUAGGUUUGAUUUCAAUACACAAUUUUAAAGACCUCUUUCAGACAUGUCUGUGCAGCACUGUGAAAGUUUUCAUCCUCUCCAAGCUUGCUGGAGGGCAGAUACAGUUUAGAAGAUUCUUCUACAAACAAGUAUCCACUCUUUCCUUUGAUGAUCAAUUGGCUCUGAUCUCCUAGUCCUACAUCCAUUGAGGUUGGAGUUAGAUAUAGAGUGUCUAUACACGGAUAUUUCAGCAAAACUCUCUAGCUAGCUAGCUCUGAGAUAUGAAAGAUGCCUAAAAAAUUAAUGUAGGUCAAAGGUGAUAAUUUACAGUGAAUUAUCACCUUUGAACUCAGGCUGAGCCCUGCUGAUUCAAUAAAAACUAAAAAUGGCCUCAUCACUCGAACUCGAUCAAUAUCUUGGGUUUUACAGAGAAGCUUUAGCUAAUCAUGAAGAUCAUAUUUUAGAUACACUCAAAGGAAUGGUGUGGAUCAAUAAGCUAACUAGAUUGAAACCAAAAGCUCUCACUCAAGACGAGUUAAAGAGCAUCACGACACAUUACGAUGGUAAUUUUGCUGCUCAAGCCAAAGGAAUUAUCACUUUAAUCAGAGAGAAGGACACCUUAGAUUGUUACAUAGGACUCAGUAGGGCUCUCUGUGAUUCGACGAAAUUCAAAACCAACGAGGUGUUCCCGUUUAUGGCUGAUUUGAAACGAACUGGGAGACAUCCCCCAAUUGAAAGAGUUGUAGGAGUUGCAGCAGGAGGAAAACAUACUCAACAAAUACCCAAUGCUAACAUUCUCUGGCUAAUUCAGUCCAGAGAAGACUUUGACAAAAUCCCCUCUCUACUUACAUGUAUGUCACAUGAUCCCAGUAACAUAACAAGAAUUUGCAACUUCUUGGUAAAGACUGUCUCUAUCAAAGUGGAGGUUUGUCCAGGAAGCUCAGAGUGCAUUGAUGUAGCUAUAAACCUUGCCUGUCCACCUGAAGCUGAACCCAUUUCCGGACCCAGUUGUAAAGCUUUUCUUUCAAGACUCAGUCCUCAACCUCGUCUAGUUCUUCUGACAGCUGCUGGUACACCUAUAGGACGUGACCCUCAUGGUGACUUGGUGGUGGUGAUGCGAGGAGAGCCCACCACCAUCUGUGCUGAAGUGGAGCACGUCACAGCAUUGUGGAGACUUGAUAGAGGACACAAACAUAAAGAAGCGAACACCUGCAUCACUUUUGGAAGAGCCACAAGCAAGCCCUCUCAUGAUGACCCUGACGUUGUGGUGAGCUCAAAAGAGGUUGUCAGUUUCUACAAUGAAGCUGACAAAUUGAACAUUGCUACCCUAGCUGUUGCAUAUCGAGACAAUCACAGAAGUUAUUUAGAGUAUUGCAGCAAACUUGUUCACUACUUCUCUAAAAAGUUUCUCGAGUAAUUUUUAACUUGUAUAUACUAUUGACAUUGACUCUGGCCUGCAUGGUUAUUUUGGUGUUCACGAGUUAAAUAAUUUAUUACAUGCACAUGCA